AUGAAGCGCCCAACCAAUGAACCGACAUGGCAAGCGCAAGCCAGUCGGAGGCAUUUGGUACAGCUGUACAAUACACUUGCCAGGCGCCUCGAUCCAAGUGGCCACGCCCGAAGAACCUCUGUUCCCGCCAAGAAUCCCUUGCCCAACAGACCCAACAAACGCAAGUGUAAUCCCAGUGACACAGAACGCCAACCAUGCUCUCAAGAUCCCCCACAAGAAUCGUCCCCCCCACCGCCAUCGACAAACUCAAACAUUCCGAGCGAAGAUUCCCGUCCUACCCACGUAGGAAGAGUCAGGCCCACCAAGAUUCAAACAAGAAAGGGCAAUUUUUUUUUGCUGUACAACCAACAAGUGGAAACAUCACAAACCCCCAAGUCUUCCGCUGGGCCCUCGUCGUCUCAAACCACUAGUCCUUCCACGCGGUCCUCCACAUCUCGAACGCGCUCCAUAUCUCGAGCGUCCAGUUCCUCAGGUGGGUACUCCGUCCGGCAAUCCCCUCGCCUGAGGGCAGCCCGAGAAGCGCGCUCCCCAUCUCAAACGUCUCAAUCAACCAGAGGGAAAGCUCAGAGCUCCCUACCCGACAUCAAGGAGGAAUCUGACAAUGAUAGUGACUUGCCGUCCGCCCGAGUGAAGAUGUUCACGCAAGCCACAAGCUCAUCAGCUUCGGAGUCCACCGCCCCCGACUUUUCCUCCAGGCAAACCUCCGUUGCCACUUUGGAUGACAGCGGCAGUCAUUCAAGCGCCGAUACCGUUUGGGAGGAUCCUGCCUCCAGGCAAACCUCCGUUGCCACCUUGGAGGAGAUGCCCACGCAAGCCACAAGCUCAUCCGCUUUGGAGUCCACGGCCACCAACUUUCCCUCUGGGCAAACCUCUGUCGCUACUUUGGACAAUUUGGCUCAGUCUCCUAUCAAUGCCACUCCCCCGCCAGAUUCCCAGCCCGGGGUUCUAGACUCCCCUACCGGUUCAAAUCCAGUGCCAUCUGACCGUGAAACAUCCAAAGAGUCCAAAAUGCCGGCCCGCCACUUGGAAGCAUCCGGAGCACGGGGAUUACUCCGCAUGCUGGAGGGGAACCCGACUCGACCCAAGAAGACCAAGACGACCAAACAGAUCUUGGAGAACCCAUCACCCAGGAAUCUGUACCAGUUGAAUCGCAACGAGAACACUCGCCACAUCGCCGUGCCUCCUACCAGGAUGGAGAUCGACCCGCGUCCAGACCGCCGCGGCCUCUUCUUCCAACUAUUGACCAUCACUGGCGUCCGCUCAGUCAUUGCCUACAUCAAUUGGUGCACCUUCGACCCCUUCAACCCGUUCGAUCCGUUCGACCCGCUCAACCAGAAAGUCGAGUUUCCCUGA